AACAAGUGUGUUGAUAGUAUUGAACGUAUUAUUUUGAGGACAAUUUUGUGAUCAUGUUUAAAAACAAUCAUCAAUAUUAUAUAUAUUGAGAAAACUUAUUUACAUAAGGAUUGUUUUGUUAGCCGGUUAUUAAAGUAUAAUUAAACUCUUAUUUUACAAAUAUAACCUAUAAAAUACAAAAUGAAUACAGACGAAGAAAUUGGAAAAAUAUGUAUACCAGGGAUGCGAUUAACUCCAUCAAAUAACGAUUAUAUCUCCGGACCGGGAACAUACGAACUGAAAGGCUAUAUUUAUGCAUCACUAGCAGGAAUACUCAAAAUGGAAAUACAUCCAAUAACAAAGGCAAACAAAGUAACAGUUGUAAGUUCCAGAACACCCAGUGUACUGCCAAUGACCGGAGACAUAGUUACAGCAAAAGUAACAGUGGUUAACUCUAGACAAGUACAAUGCACAAUACUAUGUGUUGGACCAUUUGUCCUAGCUAGGCCCUACAAAGGUAUUCUUAAGAAAGAAGAUAUUAAAUUAAUAGGUAAAGAUAGAAUAGACCCUUACAAGUGUUUUAGACCUGGUGAUGUUAUAUUGGCAAGAGUGCUUCCAAUGACUGAGAUCCACUGGUAUCAUCUUUCAACUGCUGAGAAUGAACUUGGAGUUGUUAUAGCUACAGCAGAAGGUUCACCGCAAGGAGUUAGCAUGGUUCCCAUCAGCUGGUCAGAAAUGCAAUGUCCAAAAUCUCUGAUAAAAGAAUCGAGAAAAGUUGCAAGAGUAAUACCCGAAAAUAUAAAUGAAUCAUUAUUUCCUAUUAAUACUAAAAAUGAAGUAGAAGAAAAUGGCCAUGAAUAAUAAUAAUUAAAGAAUAUAU